CCAUCCCUCCCGCCCUUUCCCUCUGCUCCCGCUCCGCGUACGACGGUGACGGCAUCUUGCCAUGUCGGCCGCCAAGCACCGGGGCGCUAAGGGAGGAAGCCCACCCUCCGCCGCCAACGACAAGAGCGCGCAGCCCGGAGGCGCCGAGGAGCCGGCAGCGAAGAAACAGCCGGCGGCAUCGCACGGCCGGGGCGGCAGGGCCGCCGGGGGGGGCGGAGGGAGCCGCUCCGGCGCUGGCCCCCGCCGCGGCUGGGCGCUGCUGCUGGGCGCCGCGGUGGUGCUGGGCGCCGCGCUGCCCGCCGGCUGGUACGUGCGGCAGCUGCGGGAGGAGGUCGGGAGGAGCGCCCGGGAGCGGGAGGCCUCCGGCCGGCAGCGGCAGGAGCUGGCCGCCACCCUGGACGCCGUGGUGCAGAAGGUGCGUUCCCUUCAAGCCACAUUUGGAGAAUUUGAGUCCAUGAUGAAAAUAGCUCAGCAGAAGCAGGAGGUGACUGAGAAGGCUGUUAAACAAGGGGAGAGUGAAAUAAACCGCAUCAGUGAGGUGCUGCAGAAGCUGCAAAAUGAAAUAUUGAAAGACUUGUCUGAUGGCAUCCAUAUGGUGAAGGAUGCAAGGGAACGAGACUUCACAUCUCUGGAAAACACAGUUGAAGAGAGACUAACAGAGCUAACCAAGUCUAUAAAUGAUAACAUUGCUAUAUUCACCAAAGUCCAGCAAAGGAGCCAAGAUGAAAUCAACAAUAUGAAAGCAAAGGUUGAUUCAUUAGAGGAGGCAGAUGUGUAUAAACAUGAAAUUAAGGUGCUAAAAGAUGCUUUUGAUGAGAUACAAGCAUCCAUGAAAACCAAAGAAAAGGACAUAGAGUCCUUGAAGAGUACAAUAGACUCCAUGGAGUCGGAUGUGUAUACUGAAGUGAAAGAGCUAGUCAACCUCAAACAAGAACAUGAGAAAUUCAAAGAGGCUGCAGACACUGAACACCUUUCAUUAAAAGCUUUACAGGAGAAAGUUCUGAGAGCUGAGGAUUCUAUUAUGCAUCUCCCUAGUGACAUUAAAAGACUUGAUGAAGAUUUGCUGCAAGUUAAAGCUGACCUCAACAAAUGGGAAGAAAAUGAGCUCUUCAGAAAAGCAUUAGAAACUUUUGGGAAGAACAGUGAAGGACUGGAGUCUCGAUUGAGGCACAUAGAAGACAGCCUGGAGUCUCUAACUUCUGCUGCUGUUCAAAACAGUGAAAACUUGCGAUCCUUUAUUUCUAAGGAGGCAGAAUAUAAGAAUAAGCUCAGUAGCCUAGAACAAAGCAUUGCUGCUCUUCAGGGAAUCUCAGACAUGGACUUAACUUCAGUCACAGAUGUCCUGAGAAAUCUUGGUGAAUCACAGACCUCGCUGUACAAUGACGUGGAGAACUUGAGGAGAAGCAUCAGUGAACUGCCAUCCUCCAGUGCUCUUCAGGAUGUCCAGAAGCAAAUCAGUACUUUGUUGGAUCAAGGGAAUCUCCAGGGUGAAGCAGAGUCUCAAGGCUAUCUUGAAAAGUUUUCUUCUGUGGAAGGCUCUGUAGAUGAACUGAGAUCCUCUGUCAGCCAGGUUGAUUCCGAUUUGAAAAUGAUAAGAACUGCAGUGGAUAGUUUAGUCUCCUACUCGGUGAAAAUUGAAAAUAAUGAGAACAACUUGGAGUCUGUGAAGAGCUCAAUAGAUGACCUGAGGAAUGACCUGGAAAGGUUGUUUGUGAAAGUAGAAAAAAUCCAUGAAAAAGUUUAGGCAGCGAUGCUCCUUGUGCAGAUAAUGGAUUAAGGAAAAUAGCUUUUGUAUGCCCAGUUUUUUACUCUUUUUAAAAGCAAUUUGAUACCUCCAAAGAGAAUAAGAAUACUUUAAUAAUAGAGACGGUUCUGCUUAUUUCCUUUAUUUCUCUCUUGUGUAGUGUUUUUGGUUGUUGUUGGUUUGGUUUUUUUUUCUAAUUUCCAGAAAACAAGAGUUUAGUGGGGGGUUGAGUUUCUAAGGGCUCAUCUCUAUCAAUCAGUGCAGCUGUAAGCUGCAGUAAGCUGCACUAAGCUGCAGCUGUAGUGGUGUAACUGAGGCACCACAGCCUCUUUAGCAUGUGCGUAUUUAAUGGCACAAAGGUAUUUCACCAGCGUGGGCGUAUUUCAUGGCAUGAAGGUAUUUCACACUAUGACACUAGAUACCCCACACAGAAAAGCUACAACUUUUGGUAUGAAAAGCAUACUUCUGUACGCACUGGGACUUUUACUGGUAUAUUUUGGUUUAAGAAACACAUGAACAAAACUACAUCCCUAUAUUAAGCUGUUUAGAGCAGUAAACCUGAAGUGUGGACCAGGUUUGAAGCAACUUACCUGUUUCUACAGUUUGGGAUUCAGCCUUGUGGUCAGUUUACCAGGUGUCAGCUGAGCUACAGUAUAUAUCUGUGAGUCUUUAUACCAAGGAGUUAACAAGGAGCCCCCUCAACUCGAAGGUUUGAGCUAAGUGGCAUCAUUUGGGACCAAGACCUAAGAGUGGUGUUCCAUCACAUGGCUGGAGAGAUUAAUUCUCUGUGAUCACAGGCUUCUUUGGAGCAUCUUCAGCUGCUGGUGCAGAUCCAUGCUUAGAAGGGUCAUCUGAAGGGUGAGAUAACUUUCAAGAGGGUACAGUAAUAUUUUUGUGCUAUUUUUAGAGUGUUUCCACAAUGAGAAUGUGUCUCUUCUGGAAAGGCCUAGUACAGGGUAAUACAGGGUUUUCUCUAAAAGCUAUCACAAAUUUGAACAAGGAAAGAGAAGGACCAAAUGCACCUUGUGUUAACGAUAAUAGUAUGCUCCAAAACACACAAAGGCAAAGGACAUAUACAUUUCCAGGUUUUCACACAGCUGACAGUAACCUGAACUCUUGUUAUGUAUUCAGGACUUGGUGCCUGAUUGUCACCAUUGUUGUCCCCAGGUGUCUGCCUUCAGCACUGGUAGCAAAGGAUCCUUCUAGGAACUGGCUGAGAGUGAGAAAAAAGUGUUGUAAUUCUCUAGAUGCUCAUUUAAAACCCAGUUUUUCAUCACGCGUUCCUGGGUUUCUCUCUUUCUGGAAAGGAGUUCCAAUACCCCUUCUUUUUUUAAGUUUACUUUUGAACUUUAUCCAAAGAUUUGGUAAAGGACUCUGCACACAGAUAUCUUGGAAAUACAUUGUGGGCAUCAUCCCACCUCAGCCUGCACUAGCCAGAUCCGUGACUAUGUUGGAAGAAUUCCUUGAAACAGCACCUUCCAGAAGUGGUGUGCUUAUGGGAACAGCACAGGUGAAAAGGAGUUCUCCUAGGUAAAUAAAAUAUUGAACCAUAUCCGGAGUUGUUCCAACUGUAAACAGGAAGGAAUUGCUGGCAGAGAAAGAGGGAGCCAUGACAUUAAGGUAAUUUGUCAUUGUUGGAACUGCACUGUUCAUUGUUGACUUCUGAAGUUCUUGAACAAUGUUGUUCAGGUUACUGUGAAAUGAACUGUAUGGCUUAUUUGCGGUAUUUUUAAUACAUAAUAAACAUUUGGAAUAUUCUUUGCA